UCCUACUCUAUACAUACUUGGUGAUGUUCAACUGAGAUUGUUUUUUUGCUGUUCCGUUUGUUUUCAUCCGGUUCCUUCUUUUCACUCAGAAUCACGGUAGUCAGAAGCGCGCUUUGAAGCGCGGCUAAAGCGCGCUUGAGGUAGCUCUGCGCUUCAAAGCGUGACUAAAGCGAGAAUCAGCAGAAGCGUGGCGAAAGCGUGGAGAAAGCGCAAAAGCGUGGCAGAAGCGCGAUUUUGAAGCUUCUGCGCUUCAGCCAGGUUCGCUUGUUUCCGGGUUUUUUUGACCCGUUUUGCUAAAAUUAGGGAUUUUAACCUAAUUUUCAAUUGUUCCUCUUUUAUCUUGAGCCCCUCCCUCACGAUUUUGAAGCUUCUGCCUCUCUCGCGAUUCUGUGUUGUUCUCUCGCCGUCUGCGCAGCCGCCGCUACCGCCGGUGACUCAAUUUGCAGCUGAAGGGUUAAUUACAAUAAAACUUCACUGUGAAAACCUGCAAUACUAUGGAGCCUGAAGCUGACUAUAAAGAUAGCUCUCUUGUUCUGAUUAAGCAAGGAGCUGAAGCUAGGGUUUUUGAGUCUUCUUUUGUGGGAAGGAGGUCUGUUAUCAAGGAACGUUUCUCAAAGAAAUACAGACAUCCAAUUUUGGAUUCUAAGUUGACACUCAAGCGCUUAAAUGCGGAGGCUAGGUGCAUGACCAAAGCAAGGCGCCUUGGGGUUCGUACUCCCGUGCUUUAUGCUGUGGAUCCUGUUUUGCACACAUUAACAUUUGAAUAUGUUGACGGCCCUUCAGUCAAAGAUGUGUUUCUUGAAUUUGGGUCUCUUGGUGUCAACGAAGAACGUAUGGGCAACAUUGCGUCCCAAAUUGGUGAUGCAAUUGGAAAGUUGCAUGAUGGAGGUCUUGUUCAUGGUGAUUUAACUACAUCAAACAUGUUAUUGAAGAAUGAUACCAAUCAGUUGGUUCUUAUUGACUUUGGUUUGAGCUUCACUUCAACUCUACCGGAAGAUAAGGCUGUUGAUUUGUAUGUCCUGGAAAGAGCUAUUCUUUCAAUGCAUUCUUCAUGUGGCAAUGUGAUGGAUCAGAUACUUGCAGCAUACCGCAAGUCAUCAAAGCAGUGGUCAUCCACAUUGAACAAGCUGGCGCAAGUGCGACAAAGAGGACGAAAGAGGACCAUGGUUGGGUGAUUCUUUCUCAAACUUCAUUUCCAUAUUUGAGUAAACAUGAGGGAUGACAAUCAGUGAAUGUUAGUAAUGUAAUCUAUGUUUAACUUCUCUGUUUUCGCAUAUUUCUAAUAUGCACAUCUAUUACAGUUUUGGAGAAAUGCAGUGACAUUUGAACUU